AAUUUUUAAUGCCAGCACUUCUUCCUCUUAUUGAUAUAUCUGACACUGAGGUAGCUACUCUUGAAACAAUGCCUUUACUUUUCUACUUUAAAGACAGAGCUGUUCCUAUGGGCCUCUUUUGUGCUGUUAUAGUGCAUCUUCUCUCAGACUCUUGGAGAAUUACUUCCAGGAAAGGAAAUUAUUCUAAUUUUUUUACAUUACAAAAAACAAUGGAAACUUGUCGAAUAAUAAACUUAACUCUAGUAGAACAGCUUGAUUGCAUUGAAAUGCAUUGUGAAAAAACUGCUGAUAGAAUCAAAGUUAAAGAUGCUGUAGAGAAAUCUAUAAAUGAAGUUAUGAAGAAGAAAAAUAUUGAUGAUGAGUUACCAAUUCUGGCAUUUUAUUGUCUGCCACAAUGUGGUGAUGGAAGAGAUCAUAAAGUUACAAAAACGGAAGAUGGCAUUAUUUGUGAGGAAACCAACCAGGAUUUCCAAACAAAUGAAGAAUAUUGUUCAUGGUUUAGAAGUCAGCAAGAUAAAAGUGAUAAUUGUACAAAAGUCCUUACCAUUGGUGAUUGGAACGAUAUAAUAGGAAUAUUAGACAACAAUGGCUUUCCAAGUCACAAAUGGCAUAAACUUGGAGUAAAAUUAAAUAUAGACUAUGAUCAGUUAGAAAAUAUUGAAAAAGAUAAAAAAGAAAGCUAUGAUUGUUAUUGCAAAUGUAUUGCAGUGUGGUUGAAAACUGAUGGUAAACCAACAUACAGCAAACUAAUUGAUGCUGUUGGAUCUAAAGGUACUGGUGAACCUGCUGUAGCUGCUGCCAUUAAAGAACAUUUAAGUGCAACAUAAUUUUUAGUGCUAUAUAGGCAUUUUUUGUUUGUUUUCUUUACAUUCAAGUCCUAAACUAACUAGGAUUAUAGAUUUUUCAUACAUGUAGUUGUACAAAAACUCAUUUGGUAACUCAUAGUAUCAUUUGACUAUUCUUUUGUUUCGCUUUCUUAUUUUUGGUUUCUAUCUUUUU